UGCUGAGAUUGGAAUUUUUGGCAGGUUCCAACCUCUACCUAGUGGAAACAUAGUUAUUGAUGGAAUAAGAUCAUUUAUUAGGGAUAAGGAAUUAAUAAAUCAUCAACAAAUGAAGAAGAAAUUUAUUCCCUAUAUGGCUCCGGAGAUUUUCAGAAAAUUGCGUAUAUUAUAUAGGGUUUUCACUCUUUCAGCGAGUUUAAGACUGGAUCUUUACUAA